UUAAAUUUGCCGGAUUCGCCACGCGCCAGACCCCCCGCCCAAUAAAAUAUGUGAGCGGUUAAAUGGGUUAACGGCACGAAGAAGCACCGUGAAAAACUGUACAGGGCGAUUCUCUCUAAUGUUAAAUAAUGUCCGGAACACUGGCUUUCCUUUUUAAAACCUGCGAUUUUAGGAAUCAGAAAGUGCAGUCUAAUUUUAUUCCACUCUUCUCCAGAUUCCGAUGCUACAGUUAUCAUGAUUAACAUAACAGUAUUGAUUCCUGACCUGAAAGUUUCUGAUUCAAGGUCUACGGGGGACUAUUUCAUUGAGGUUAAGCAAGAUAUUUGAAUUACACUAAUGAAAUGUCCAGAUUUUUUGCGUGCACACCAAUUUAAGCCCAAAUAAUACUGUAAGUAGACUCUUAGAGAUUUACCAGCUCUGGUCAGCUAGCUGGAGUGAGAUUUCCAGUUCGAGACACGUCUGCACACACAUUUACAUGUAUGUAAGAGAUGUAUCAUCUUGUAAAUAGUUCGUAGGUUUUGUAUACUGUCCCAGCGCUUUUGGUGAUUAUAUUUUAUGUUUAUAAUAGAAUAAUAUAGCGCGAGGGUCUGGAAACGUGAAUGUCACGCCAUAUGCAUGAGAGGUGGCAGCCCUGCUCUUAUUGCAAUGUUAUGGUGAGUUGUAAAUAUUCCGUGCAUCCAUUUUCCACGACUACUUGUACAAGGACAUGGUGAGCUGGUAGUCUGUCCCAAAGUUCACGAGGAACAAAUGGGACAGGAUGCGUGUCCAUCAUAGAGUCUUUAAAAUAUUAGAAAACCAAAUACAUUACAAAUUCUCGUAUUAAUGUACAUUAGGUUAUACCCCAUACGCCACAACUAAGAUUAUGCCUUAUCGCGGACUGUGAGGUAUACAAUCAAUUUUUUGAUAAAAAGAUCAUUUUAAUAAUUCAGUAUAUUUAAGUAGUCAUGCUGAGGCACACAGCUAGAAGGAAAUAUGUAACAAUUGAGGAUCCAAGUUGUGGAAAUAAGUAUUUCCGACAUAUUGGCUGAACGCUCAAAUAUGCUAUUUGUUAUGGAAAUUUUUAAAACAAUGCACAUCACAUGUAUGCUCUUUCUCGAUGUUAUAUGACACAAACGGCUCUGAAAUCAUGAAAUUGAACAUUUAUAUUGUAUUGAGGUGUUUGUGCAAGCCAUCUGUUUUGGGGUUUGGCUUAUGAACGAUGAGAUUCCAACGCAAAAAUGUUAAAAACACCCGCAAUGAUUUAUAGUACCCCAACUAGAGACAGUAAACGUUUUAUAUAGUUUCACAAAGUCUCUACCUAGAAGUGUCCCACAUUGCCUGAAUUCACCCUCCAGAUGUCAUCGGAUUUAAAAAUAAGGUAUUUUAAGUAUUUGAAAUGUUCUACCCCUAGAGGACAUCCCAGAUGGUACAGCAAACCUUAUUAAAUGUUUUUGAAUGUGAUCUUUGGACGUUUGACAUGGUCUGCAUUUGUCAUCAAUGGAUCCACUGGUGCAGCGGCCUCUGUUUUGACCAGAGAUCACCUUCUGUUUAUUCAAUAAAGAAACAUCAUUAGUAUAAGUUAAGAUUUGAAAAUGUUAAUACUGCAAUCAGCCAAUAAUUGAAAUGCAUAUUAAUGUUCCCCAUGAACGUAAAAAAUAUUUAGUUUGUUACAUUGCAACAAAAGUAAAGAAUUAUGCAUUUGUGUUUUCCGGUAUUUAUCCUCUUUAAAUUAUUACUGCUGUGUAGUUUCUUUAUGUUAAUAAAUCUAUUAAUAAUUUCUACAAAAUAAACUUGUUUGAAACUAUGAAAAUAUAAUGCAGCUUUAUAUUUAUUUACGAGAUGCAUCGGACGUACAGAAUAAAAAAAUUGGCGUUUUACUAUAAUCUAAUACGUUAACAACUUACAUUAAUUCAUUCAUCUUCUAUGCAUCUUGUCCUAUACAAGGUCGCGGGCUUUGAGAACAUGAAAAAUGAAUUGUCAUAAGCUGUGAUUGCGGCAAUGACAUUCUAUAUAUAACAAGAACACUUUAUCGGGAAUUUUCCAUUAACAAGGUGCAAAGCACACAAGUGGAAAAAGCGCCAUAAUUCGUAAAACUGUCAGUUCCAGUCGCUGACACAAGGGAGCCUCAAACCUCAACUUUACGGCUCCUGUACCCAGCCAGACCGCAAUGUCUCCCAAAUCAUCUUACAUCCCUCAAGUAUAAAGUCGACAGCCAAUAAGAGCAAGGUGCGUGUGAUUGAACGAAUCGCACGGAAAAAAGGACAGAAGUAGUUUGCGUGACAAAAAAGCGCUCCCAGCAUCAAUUUGCACCAACGACCAGUGCUCCGAGUGGAAGAGCCGCACCGUUUCGUGCGUCGACAUAGACCUGCUGCCUGCCUUCCCUCUCAGCACCGAGACGCUGCCGCCCGCGUCCCCUCCGUCAGCUUAGCCGUCGAGCAGCCGCAGAGAGUGACCUCUGAGUGCACUUUGGUUGUGACUCUCAACGAAACGUGCGUGGAGGAGCAGUUUGUUACUCAUCUCAUUUCAAAGGUGUUUUCAGCCAAAGGUCUGGAAGGCGGCCUGGCGACUGAGUCUGAGAGCCGUACUUCAGGCAUGAGACGCAGCAGCAAAUGCAGAUGUAGGCCAUCAGCCCAUAAGUUGGCUGUUGGAGACGAGGUUGACUUCCCUGAAAGAAGAUGCCUUUGCAAACCUAGUCAACAUUUCCCGCAUAUACAUGUCGGUGGACGUGACUCUGGAGAGGCUGGAGAAACAUUCCUUCUACAACCUGAAGAAAGUCACACACAUAGAAAUCCGGAAUGCUAGGAGUCUGACAUACGUUGACCCAGAAGCGUUUAAGAGCCUGCCCAGUUUGGAGUACUUGGGGAUUUUCAACACGGGUCUCACCACCAUCCCCGACCUGAGCAAGAUCCACACGAACGACAGGAACUUCAUACUUGAAAUUGCUGAUAAUCCCUACAUGACAGAGAUACCGGCUAAUGCGUUCCAGGGAAUCACCGGCGACGUGCUGACGGUGAUGCUCUACAACAAUGGCUUCACCGAGGUCCAGAGACAUGCCUUCAACGGGACCAAGCUGGAUGCUGUGUACCUUCACAGGAACAGGGACUUGAGUCGGAUAGAUGAGAGAGCAUUUGCUGGUGUCCUCAGUGGUCCACUGCUUCUUGACGUCUCCCAGACGUGCGUGGCCUCCCUGCCGGCGAAGGGCCUCGAGUCCUUGCGGGAGCUCAUGGCCCGGGACACCUGGACCCUGAAGAAGCUGCCUCCCAUCAGGACCUUCCAGCACCUGACCAACGCUGAGCUGACCUACCCCAGCCACUGCUGUGGCCUCAAGGGCCUCAAGAAGCGCAAGGGAUUCCUGGAGUACAUCAUUUGCAACUUGACCGCUUUCUACGACCAGCACCGCAAGCGGUCGGUGAGCACGUUGCAGGUCCCCGCGCAGAACGGCGACGGUGAGGUGAACGCACUCAGCGAGGAGGCCCACUUCUGGGGGAACCACGGGCAUUAUGAGCUUGGAGGGAACCUCCACCACCAUGCCUACUAUGGCGUGCAGGCCGACAGCGAUGUGGGCUUUGGUGAGACGCUGAAGAACCCGCAGGAGGACAGCGGGCAGGACUUUGACAGCCGUUACGACUACAUUGUCUGCGAGGAUGGCGGGGAGAUCGCCUGUGCCCCCAUUCCAGACGACUUCAACCCCUGCGAGGACAUCAUGGGCUCGAGCUUCCUGCGGGUCACCGUGUGGUUCGUGAGCCUGCUGGCCAUACUGGGAAACCUGCUGGUACUGCUAGUGCUGCUGACCAGCCACUACAAGCUGUCCGUGCCUCGCUUCCUCAUGUGCAACCUGGCGCUUGCCGACCUCCUCAUGGGCAUCUACCUUCUGCUCAUUGCCUCCGUGGACCUCCACACACGUGCCGAGUACUACAACCAUGCCAUCGACUGGCAGACGGGUCCUGGAUGCGGCCUGGCCGGCUUCUUCACUGUAUUCGCCAGCGAGCUGUCGGUAUACACUCUGACAGCCAUCACGCUGGAGCGCUGGCACACCAUCGUCUUCGCCAUGCGGCUGGACCGCAAGCCGCGCCUCUCCCACGCCGUCGCCGCCAUGCUGGCCGGCUGGCUCUUCUGCCUGUUGCUGGCGCUGCUCCCCCUGGUGGGCAUCAGCAGCUACAGCAAAGUCAGCAUCUGCCUGCCCAUGGACGUCCACUCAGGAGGGGCACGGGCCUACGUGGUCUCCGUCCUGGUCCUCAACAUCGUAGCCUUCGCCAUUGUCUGCAUCUGCUACGCCAGGAUCUACUUGGCUGUGCGGCGCCCGGAAUGCCGGCCUGGCAGCAAGGACACCAACAUCGCCAAACGCAUGGCCAUCCUCAUCUUCACCGACUUCCUGUGUAUGGCACCCAUCUCCUUCUACGCCAUGUCAGCUGUGUUGGACCGGCCGCUUAUCACCGUCUCCGACUCCAAGUUCCUGCUGGUGCUCUUCUACCCGCUCAACUCGUGCGCUAACCCCUUCCUGUACGCCAUCUUCACCAAGGCCUUCCGCGGUGACGUCUUCAUCCUACUCAGCAAGGUGGGCCUCUGCCGCCAUCGGGCCCGGCGAUUUCGGGGCCAGGCCGUGUCCCGCAAGGGCGGAGCUCCAAGUCAGGGGACACAGGAAACAAGGAGGAAGGGUGCUAGUGAAAUGUGGCUCUGCCUGCAGCAGCGGCCUGGCCGGCAAGACCCUGAUACCUGCUUGGCUCCGCUGGGGUAGGAAGCCACGAGCAGCCGCCAGACACAUUCCUGCUUCCCCAAUUCUACAUCUUUCUGUAACCCAGACUGACACUACGGCAACGCAAGUGCCAGGAGGUUUGUGCGCUUUAUUCUUUGAGGCGUGGUAACCACUUCACUCCACUGGAGUGUGUCCUGCCAGCUGCAGUGACACUGCCUUCUUUUGAACUGCUCGGCAGUGAAGCGUCUAUGAUGGUUUUAUUAUUAUGUUUGUAUACAGUGCAAUCACCUCAAUAAAAACAUGUAUAAUUGAGAGCCAGAAUUGUA